GACAGUUAGUAUUACUACUACCAUCCCUACAUAGUAGGACCAGUUAUACGAUGAUUGAUGAACAGCAACAGGAAGUCAUAGACAAAUUGCGGUCACUGUCGGCACCCAUGUAUGUGGCCAUCAGUUUCGAAAAUCCCGACACCGGGAUAGUUAGCGAACAAACCGGUUGUAUAGUGUAUAGUGAACCGGGAGGUAGUGAACAACAACAAGUGGUACGUGUGGUUACCUGUUGUCACGGUGUUCAUCAGCAACUGGUGGUCAACUGUUACGGUAGUCGUAUUGGACGUUCAGGUGAAACAGGACGGGUAGUCUAUGUUGAUCCCCGAGUGGAUAUGGCAUUGAUUGAGCUCCGGGUGGCUGUCGUCAUCAGCAAAAAACCUAACAAACAAAUACUGGUCUUCCAAUUGAAUCCAUUGAUACCCGGGUUUGGUUCAUCGGUUAUGGUCUUCGGUUUUCCGACAACCAGUUAUCAGCUAUGCUCGGGUAUUGUCAGCUGUCCGGCCGCCAUAUCCUAUAAUAUGGAAACUAGUUAUGCAAUGAUGACAAUCCCUGAGCCACCAGCGGGUUAUUCGGGAGGCUAUGCGUCGGUAUACCCAGCGGGUAGGGCCGAUAUUCAACAUACGGCUCCCAUAUGUUCCGGGUAUUCAGGCGGACCAUUGAUUGACGGCGACACCGGUCAGCUAAUUGGUAUCAAUCAUUCAAUUGGUUCGGGUAUUGCCUGCGCCUAUUCAAGCAGUUAUAUUUCAGAUUUUUUGAAAAAUGCCGACACCUGUAUGGACAGACAGUUUAAUAGACGCCUAACAGAGCACCGGGAGAUUAGAUUAGGCUAUCAAAUUAGAUACAUAUUGAAUGCCUACUGUUUGGUGAAGAAAAUUAUGGAUACCGGUGCUAAUGCUGAACUAAAACCAACCGAUCUGAUUGUCAAACUAAAUGGACAGCCAAUUGAAUCGUUGGACCAUUUUGUACAGGUGCUCGACCAUUGUCCAAACAAUUUGGACAUACCUGUCCAACUAAAAUCAUUAAUACCCAAUCAAUCGGCUAACAGACCCGAAAAAAUCAUACAAUUAAUGCCAACCGGACUAACCUAUGUUUAGACGGGAGUGGGAGGACACCCAUCAUCACCCCAGUGACUA